GAAACAACUGAGCGAUAUGGUCAGAAAAUGGGGAACAAAAUAUGGAGUUUUGGAUCAGUAUGAAAAAUAUCUUGAAGAGGAAAUACAUUGCGGAAAUAGGUGUUUCGAAAUAUUCAAAGCAAAAGUUGACAAUUCAUCUGGAAGUGAGGAAGUCAAGGAAACUGUUCUUGGAUUAAUGAAACUGACAAAUGAUCGAGAUUCCUCGCAAAACACGCUUUCCGAUAGAAUAGAUCAAAUAAUGGAUGAAUUGGACGAGACAAAGUGGACUGAAUUCGUUGGAUUAUUGAUGAUGCUAGGUGAAGAAACGAUUAUCGAAGUGCUUGAAAAUGAAUUUGGUAAUAUUGGAAAAGAUCAUCAUAUUGGAAAAGAUCAUCAUAUUAACAUAAUUAAAAAAUCAUUAAAAUUAAAGAUUAAGCCGGUUAUAAAUUGGUAAAAGUAUUUUUAAAAUACAGUAUACUGUUUAAUUUAAGCGUUCAACAAAAUACACACAGCAUGUAUUGUAUCUAUGUUUAUUGUAUCUAUGUUUUUAUGUAAAUAAAGCUUGCAAUUGCAUA